AAUGACAAUAGUGUUCCUCGUGACAGGAACUAGUACAAUGACGGUGUUUGUAGCACAAUUAGAGAACUGGCUGCCCCGUAACAUGACUGUAGUGUGGGUUACUGUUAUAGUUGGGGUUAUGUGUCUUACUGGAGCUGCACCACUGUUCUUUGACAUGAGCGCAGAAUCGAGUCAUCCAGUGAGUGAGGACCUGAGUUCGACAGUUAUGGUUCUGGGAAAUCAGCUGAUGUCUCUGUUUUUCAUUGCUCUUAUUCAGAUUCCUCAUUUAGUUGAUGAAGCACACAGAGAUAAGCUAAAUUACGUGCUGAUAGGCUCGUUCGCUCUGUCCGUACUGUUCUCCACCCUGUACCGUCCUACUACCGCGAGGGAGCAGAUGGAUGCUAACUCUGUGACUGUGGACCAGCUUGAUUACAGGAGCAUUCAGCAGGUGGAGAAUGCUGGCUACUCCAUUGAGGUGUCAUGUGAUUGAGAGAAUGUGGAAUGUGGAUCAUGCAUUUUGUAUAUGUACAUUGUACAAUAUACAUCAUCCACAUUUUAUAUAUAGUACAGUGUGGACAACUUGCUUAAAUAAACUAAGCGUGGAUGUUAACUGUUAAAAGAUAAUUGUUGAGUUUGAAAUAAUGCUUGUUAAUUUGUUAGGACGUGUUAAUGUUAGUUUUUACGAGAUCAGAAGUUUAAAUUGUUGAUCCCUGCUGUCAGCAGGAUGUUUUGUAAAUGAUAAUGUCAAACCAGGAGGGUUUCUAUUUUUUAGUACUUUACUUUUUAUCUUUGUGUUUUGAAAUGUGAAAUGUUUUGUAGUAUAAAUAUGUUUGUAAUAUAGAUUGUAAUGUUAGAUAUAUCUUAAACGAUGCUGGUUUUCGUUACAUCACUCAGAACAGUAUGAUGUACUAUAGUCUAUAAAGACCUCGGCAUCGCCUCAAUGUAGAUUGUAGACAUAGCGAUAGUAAACUCGAACUUUUCCCUCGUGGCUCGUGGGAUUCACCUACUUUAUCGGACGUUAUUUUGGCAGACAUGAUUAUGAACGCAACAGUGAACAGUCGUAGAACGUUAACUUUGGCGGACAUUACGUGAGUGCUAAGCCUUCCCAAGUCCAACGCUCACGUUAUUAUUAUAUACUAUUCUUCGUGAUGUAACUUUUUUCUCUUUAUCAGUUUAUCGUGUGAAAUAACUUCAGCUUUGUAACGAGAGAUUGUUUACGUUGAAUGGCGUGAUUGAUAUUUUUAAUCUUGGUAAAGUGUAUUGAAAUGUUGAGAUAUGGACAAUUGUUCCGCUUAGGUCGAGGCAAUGUGAAUUAGGAAAUGAUGUAUUACUUUACAAGUUGUUUUAAGUGAUUUUACUGAA